GGGGGGAGGCCCGGGACCGGGAGCGGAUUCCCCCAACUCCCUCAGCCCCUCCCCCGCCGGGCCCGAGCGUGAGGAGGGGGGCCCGGCCCGGCCCGCGUCGAGGGUGAGGAGGACCCGGGCCGGCCCACGGGCCGUCUGGGCCUGGUCCGGCCCGCCGGGCGUGUGAAGACAGGGGCCCGGGGCGGCCCGGCCGAAGGAGCGGAGGGGAGGGGCCUGGUCCGGCCCGGCCGGUGCGCGAGGACUGGGGCCCGGCCCGCCGCCGCCGCCGCCGCCGCCGCCGCCGCCGCCGCGAUGGCCCAGCAGCAGAUGACCAGCUCGCAGAAGGCCCUGAUGCUCGAGCUGAAGUCCCUGCAGGAGGAGCCGGUGGAGGGCUUCCGGAUCACCCUGGUGGACGAGUCCGACCUCUACAACUGGGAGGUGGCCAUCUUCGGACCCCCCAACACCCUCUACGAAGGCGGCUACUUCAAGGCGCAUAUUAAAUUUCCUAUUGACUACCCAUAUUCACCACCUACCUUCAGAUUCUUGACCAAAAUGUGGCACCCCAACAUUUAUGAGGCAAACUCAUGUCUAAAUUUCCCUUGGGUUGUUAAAAUUGUACUCAUUAUUCAAGGUGCAUCUCAAAGCUUCGUCAACCACACCAGUUCCCAGAAUGGAGACGUAUGCAUUUCGAUUCUUCAUCCGCCUGUAGAUGACCCACAGAGUGGAGAGCUGCCCUCGGAAAGGUGGAAUCCUACUCAGAAUGUCAGGACUAUCCUGCUAAGUGUAAUCUCAUUGCUUAAUGAGCCCAACACCUUCUCCCCAGCCAAUGUGGAUGCUUCAGUUAUGUUCAGGAAAUGGAGGGACAGUAAAGGAAAAGACAAAGAAUAUGCUGAAAUCAUUAGGAAACAGGUUUCAGCCACUAAAGCUGAAGCAGAAAAGGAUGGAGUAAAGGUCCCCACGACCCUGGCGGAAUACUGCAUCAAAACUAAAGUGCCUUCCAAUGACAACAGCUCAGAUUUGCUUUAUGACGACUUGUACGACGAUGACAUCGAUGAUGAAGAUGAGGAGGAGGAAGAUGCCGACUGUUAUGAUGAUGAUGAUUCUGGGAAUGAGGAGUCGUGACGUGCUCCUCCGAUGCCCCUGUACUGCCCUGCCGACUCAGGCCAAAGGGAGGGGAGCGAGUGGGGACCUAGCAGGGGCCCCUCAGCAAAACCUCUCACAGGGGUAGGGACACAUGCGAGGCUCCUGCUGACUCCCCUUAUGGAUCCCAGUUUGCUCCUUUUUAUGGACCUCUUAAUGGAGAGAAAAUAACCCUCCAGAGAAUGUCUGAAUUCUUGCAUUCUUUACCCUUCCAUCACUGUAUUGAUUCUUUUUUUUUUUUUCUUUAAACCCAAACUCCUGCCUCACUUCGUCUCUACAAAAUGUUCACAGCAAAACACAUUUGGUCUGUUUUAGAUUCCUGAAGAAUUAAAUAGUCUUUCAUCGAGACAGUUAAUGUGUUUAAAGCGGAGAGCCCAUUGGAAGUUCACAAGUGCUGCAUAUGCUGGUUAGCAAAAGAAAAUGGAAAAAAAAAAAAAAAACAUAAAAACCCCACAAAACAAACUUUUUUUAAAAAAAGCAAAUUUGCCAAGGUUUAGCUGCUCCUUUACCUUAGCGUGUGUGCAUUUGUUCAGCCCCAUGGUGGUGAAUUUUGUUUCUUUCCCUUCUUAAGGCUGGGGCCCAGCGGGCAUCAGGGACUUUGUGCUGAGCCUGAUGACAUGUGUUCCUAAGGGCACAGAGCCCCUCACCCUCCAGGAAAGCGUCCUAACAUGGAGGCCUCAGCUGCUCUGAGGAGAGAGAUCAGAUUUUGUUUUUUGAAAUCGAUUGGGAUCUAAAGCCUGAAAUAAAUAUUCAUACUUUACAUAGAACUGAGCACUUGAUUGCUAUUUAUUUUAAAGGCAGAGUUAUAUCCCCCCAGGGAGUGGGGAGAGAGUGGGGAUUAGUGUGUGUGUGGAGUCUUAGUGAUGGGAGCCAAGAAUUAAAAGUCACUAUGCCAAUUUUGGUUCACGCUGCUGGGGAAAAAGUCCAAACUACUGGUGACCACUGCUGGGCGAGAAAACAUCUGUUUUCUGUAUUUAACGUGGCCUCUCCCUCAAGAAUACACUCUCACCAUGAGGACUUUUUUAUGUAGCCAGUUUUAAUUACUCAGUAUUAAUACUAGGUGCAUGUGUUAAGAUUUUGGUUUUCAUGGAGCUGCUUAUACCGACAGUGAUAACUGUGGAUACAUGUGAGACAUGAGUGACCGGUUCCCGCUUUCCUCACCGGAUGCCACCUGGACUUUCCUCUCCUGUCACUGUCCUCUUUGGCGUGCACGCAGAAGUUGUGCAUGGCGCUUGCCCUGGCUGCUUCGACUCUUCGGGCGGGCCGAGGGGGCGGCUGCAGGCAGUGUCUGUGCAACACUAGAGCUUCUUGCCGGGCACUGGCUGCCGCUCUGAUGGCCCAUCUCAAUCGUGUGUUACUUGGAUCAGUGCUGAGAUCCAUCAGCCUUCACCCACCAGGGACUGCGAACUUGGAGGUGAUGUCUGUUUCUUAUGGAGCGGGCCAGUGCAUAAGGCGGGCAGUGUUCCUUCAGUGGGGAGAAUCGUUACAAUGUAAACUGACAAACUUCACAAGGAAAGUACAGCAGAGACGACUACAGUCCUACUUCAGACUCCUGCACACUAGCGUCAACUCCUUUUCGGCAGAUCGCAGCUCAGAAAGAACCAAGGGUUGGUGAGGGAUGGCAGGGUGGAUCCUAGGACAGCGUAGGUGACGCUUACUUCCUUAGCCCCUCCUUCCUUUCUGAUCUCAGGGUUUUCAUUCGCUCUUCAAACUCUCCCGACAUUUGCUCAUUCCCAGCAGCGCUCUCUGGCCUCUAAAGUUAGGUCUGGUACCAAGUGGGAACGUUUCACGUGCUAAGGUUCACACAGGACAGUGUCGAGCCUGGCCCCAGAAACUGUCCAGUCCCCUUGGGGCCGGGGCUACUUGUACCCCUGAAUCUAGUGAUUCCAGUUGGACUCAGAACAGAGCAGCUCUUUGUGACAAAACACUCUGACCACAAACUCUGACAGAAGGAUGUUGGAACUAGCUUUUGACUCCCCAUGCUUAAAUAAUCCUUCCAGAUAACCUGCAGAUAUUCUGGAGCCCAAAGUCUCUCAUAAUGCUUUGAUUACUCCCUGUCUCACUCACACACACACACGUUUACAGCCAGUAGCUUGGUCUUGCUUUCUUUCCCUUUACUGCGAAAGCAUUUCUCUCCCAGGGCAGGCCAGGCACCUUGGCUUUGUGGGAGGUGCUAUGCUGCUCGGCCCUGUUGGCCUCUGUUGCACAUUGACUCAGGGAGCCAGAGAGCCAGGUGGAGGUCGUACCUCUCAGCCCCUUGGGGUGGACUACUGAGGGCUGGGUUUGCCUCUGAUGAGAGUACAAUCAGUUCCAGAAAAGACUGGGGUGUGUGGAUAAGCUAGCAGGUAGACAUGCUGAUAGCUCAGACUGAACCUGUAAAACCCAGAUGCUGGUUCCAGAGCUGCCCUGAGAACACACCCUCGUGCAAGAGAAAACAAGCAUGUCCCUCUGUUGUUUGGAGUGGAGAUCUCGGGCUCAGGCCAGAACCUUGUGAGUACAGUUGUGCUGAUUAGUUGGUCUCACAUUAACCUAACAUCCUGCAUUUUUAGAUUCCUUUUGAUUCCAGUGGAGGCGUCUCCGGAUGCUCUUCAGGUCUGCGUAUUUUGAGGCUGGGUGGAGAAAGUCAAACAUCAUGAUUCUCUUGUUGCUUCUCAAAGUCUUCCCCCCUUUUUCUAUUUCAUAUCAUUCCAGACUUCUUUUCUAUUAGCCAAGCUUUUUUGUAGUUCCUUCUUUCCUCUUCCCUGGUAAUUAUUUGCUUCUUUAUUUGCUGGUUUCCUUAUGUUUGGGACAUACAUAGUAAGAGAUUGAAGCGUAAAAUGUGUAGUUCUCCACUGAAAAUUAACUCCACUCCUCCCAUCCUGAUAAAAAAAGGUUUACAUUUACAAAGAUUCAGAUGCAAUUUUCAACUAUUCUGAAACCAGCAGGACACACCUGACUUUAAUAGUUUUCUUAGCUGAAAUUGUAGAUGUUUUUCUUCAGUUUAACUUAUGAGAAAAGAUUAUCGGAUGCAUUUUGUGUUGAAUUUCCCUUUUAGUGGUUUAUUUUGUCUUUUUCUGCCCAUCUGUCUACUAAUAAAAUGUGAAAUAAAAUAUACCUGUAUUGCUACUUCCCCA